GACACGAUUACUUGCUUACGGACCUGCUGCAAGAGUCGCAGAGCGAUAUGAUGUAGUCUCAACUGUACAUCUGCGUAACAUGACUUGGUGUGGAUUUUAAACCUUGUAUUUGAGGACACAAGUUGUUUUUAUCGUCGUUUGGCAGUUUUCCAUACAGGAAAUAUACGUGUUGUUAACUUUUUAAUUAUUUUCCUUUUCUUUCACAACAAAUGCGUUUCCUUUCGUCUAAAUGACAGUUGGGUCAUGAUUACAUCGCCUUCGGUUUCUGUACUGAGAAAUUGUUCAACCAACCCCAUCUGGGAGAGCUUCGAUAGAGCGAGAAACGUCUCUUCGAAAACAAAUAAACCAUUCGUGCAUCCCGUGUCUCCGUCGGACCCUCAACGGCAGGCAAAUCGAGUCCCCAUCAAAAUUCUGAAAAUGCUGACGGCACGGGCUGGACACAUCUUGCAUCCUGAGUAUCUGCAACCUUUACCAUCUACUCCCGUGAGUCCUAUUGAGCUGGACGCCAAGAAAAGUCCUCUGGCUCUUUUAGCACAAACAUGCUCUCAGAUUGGUAAACCAGAUCCACCAUCCUCGUCCAAGCUGUCGUCUGUAACAAAUGGAUCUAACGACAAAGAUUCCAAAUCCGGUCCGCUGAAAAUGAGUGAUAUUGGAGCUGAAGAUAAAUCGAGCUUCAAGCCAUACUCUAAAUCCACGGAGAAGAAGGACUCGUCGUCGGGUGCUUCAGCUGGAGAUAAGACAGGUUUCCGUGUGCCUAGCGCCACCUGCCAGCCGUUUACUCCAAGAACAGGGAGUCCGAAUUCCUGUACCUCUGUCUCUCCUCUCCCGUCGGAGUGUAAAUCGACGGACAGGGAGGACAAAAAGGAUUCUGAUAGUAACAAGAAUGGCAUUUCCGAGGGCUCUGGGAACGGUGGUGCGAAUCACAAUAGGAUAAGUGGUAGUGGUGCUAACGGGGAAGUAAACCAACAACCGGAGACUACAAUCGGGUCAAAGCCCGUCACAUCUGACACAACCUCUGUUUCAUCUGCCUCGUCUGUCCUUGGAUCAGGACUAGUAGCUCCCGUGUCCCCUUACAGACCGGGUCACACCGUGUUCCCCCUCCCGCCUGCGGGUAUGUCAUACCCUGGAAGUCUAGCGGGGGCCUAUGCGGGUUACCCGCAGCACUUUUUGCCUCCGGGGGUUUCCCUAGACCCAACAAAGUCGGGGAGUCAACUGCUGAACGCGCAGUUCGCUGCGGCUUGCAGCAAAGCUGCUUCCAGCCCUCUGGCCGGGGCUUCGCCCCCAUCAAUAAUGUCCGCCAGUUUGUGUAGAGAUCCGUACUGUCUGAGUUACCAUUGCGCAAGCCAUUUAUCCGGCGCCGGGGCCAACUCACACGAGUCAGCCGCUGCUGCAGCUUUGAAGUCUGGAUACCCUCUCAUGUACCCUUCACAUCCACUCCACGGCGUUCAUUCCACGCCACCAUCGUUUGCUGGACACCCAUUGUAUCCCUACGGUUUUAUACUGCCCAACGACCCCCAGCCACACGUUUGUAAUUGGGUCUCGGCGAAUGGACCCUGUGACAAACGGUUUUCCAGCUCCGAAGAACUUCUGAAUCACUUGCGGACUCACACUGCCUUCGCCGGGACUGAGAAAUUGAUCUCAGGAUAUCCAAGCUCUUCGUCUCUAGCCAGUGCCGCGGCAGCGGCCAUGGCAUGUCAUAUGCACAUACCCCAGACGGGGGCUCCCGGAGGGCCGGGAGGGCUGGCACUCAGGAGCCCGCAUCACGCACUAGGACUCAGCGGUCGUUACCACCCGUAUUCUAAGAGCCCUCUGCCGAACGGGGCACCUGUACCUGUGCCGGCGGCCACGGGUCCCUAUUACUCUCCUUAUGCAUUGUACGGGCAAAGACUAACCACAGCUCCAGGCCUUGGAUAUCAAUAGAGACUGUCAUGUUCAAAGUUUAUAAAAGAUUUGAAUUAUAUGCCUAAAGAUUUUCUAUAUUGAAUGUCCACGUCGGCAUAUGGUCGACGGGCCACUAUUUAUUUACGUUAGCUUCAAGCGAUACAAAAAAUAAAAUGAUGAACCCCAA